CGCCAUGUUUGCAGUUCCUUCCUUGGCCGCGGUGACAAAUGGUGUGGCGUGAAAUGAUCGUCAAAGAUGUCUUCGGUGUAAAAUGGCCAAUUAUAGUUUAAUAUCGUAAGACGCUUGAACAAGAAGACAUCCAGUCCUAUACCAGCCAGCAUUUCCUUCGUCGAAGUAACAGGUCCCCAUCAAUAAUCGUUUCACCUCUGCAGAACUGUACCAGACUUUGGAUGGAGUCAGCAUCCCGUUGUUUUGAUGGUGUCGUCACAAGUGACUGCACUUUGACACAUCAGUCGGACCACCAUCAGCAGAACAAUGGUCAAGUACUUUACUAACAAAAGUGACAUCGGCGACACGUGGGACCAUGUCGUGUCUGCGUUCUGGCAGCGCUAUCCCAACCCCUUCAGCACGCACGUUCUCACGGAGGAUGUCGUGCACCGCGAGGUGACCACGGACCACCGGCUCCUUUCCAGACGUCUGCUCACCAAGACCAACCGGCUGCCGCGCUGGGCCGAGCGCUUCUUCCCCACUGGCAUGUCGCGCUCCGUGUACAUUGUGGAGGACUCCAUCGUGGACCCGGUCAGCCGGAGUCUGACAACGUACACCUGGAACCUCAACCACACCACUCUCAUGUCGGUGGAGGAGCGUUGUGUUUUCCGAGACUCGGAAGAGCUGCCGGGAGUCACCCAACUGAAACGAGAGGCAUGGAUCUCCUCCAGCAUUUACGGCUUCUCUCGACCCAUCCAGGAGUUUGGAUUGGCCCGCUUCAAAAGCAACCAAGCGAAAGCUAUGAAAGGGCUGGAAUACGCGCUGUCAAAUCUGCAAGACGCAGGAGAGACGCCCCAGCGGCUGCUCAGGGGUCCAGUGAAGGAAGCCUCCGACAAGGCUAAAGGAGCCACCAAGAGCCUGGCCUCUUCCACCACGCAGAACCCUCGGCAGUACGUCUGACGGAGGAGACAGCCACUUUGGAAAGUCUCAGGGUCUUAGCCCGGAAGCACAUUUCACAGCUGCAGUCAUCAUUUCAAUCCACAUCAUAAGCUACUACUUUUUAUC